AUGGCCUGGCCCUACCACUUCGUCGACCUCGACGCCGACGCAAAGGCGCUACGGCGCGAGGCCCUGGAUCGAUACGCACUCUACUCGCAGCUGUUGGUGCUGCUGCCCGUCGUGGGCUUGCUGGCCCGCCGCGUCCUGAGCAAUGCCUUCAAGUCCUCCUCGGGCGACGACAGCUCCCCGUCGGCCUACUCGGCCGUCCCGGACUCGCCCCAGGCCAAGUCCCGCCGCAGCUCCGCCUGGGGCUCCCGGGCCGGGGCCCUGCGUGCUGCCCUCUGGUGGCUCGGCGGCGAGGUUCACCUUCUGGGCGAGCACCGCGGCGAGCGUCUCGUGUGGCUCCUGGGCGGCGGCUGGGCCGCGUGGCUGUUGCUGCUCUGCUUCUUGGAAACGGGUGAUGACUACCUCCACUUGACGAAGCGGUUCGGUAUUGUGGCGGCAGCACAGCUGCCCAUCCAGUAUCUGCUAUCGCUCAAGUAUCUGAAUCCGUUUGCCUACGUGUUUCGCACCUCGCACGAGGAGGUGAACAAAUGGCACAGGGUGCUGGGGCGCAUCAUCUACAUGCUUCUGCUUUUGCACGUCGUCUUUUACGUCAACUUCCUCGCGCAGGCCGGCGUCCUCGGCCGCCGCAUAUUCGCGCCCAUCGUGUUCGCCGGCGUCGUGUCGUGGGCGGGCAUCAACCUCCUGAUGGCCACGGCGCUGCCCAUGGUCCGCCGCUUCUCGUACCGCAUCUUCUUCGUCACGCACCUGUUCGUGUCGUUCGCGGUACCGGUGCUCAUCUUCUUCCACGCCCCGCCCGUCCGCGUCUCCGUGUGCGUCGCGCUGGCCUCGGUGCUGGCCGACAUCACGGUGCGCCGGCUCAGGACCAUGACGGGCCGGGCCGUCAUGGAGGCCAUCCCGGGCACGGACCUGGUCAAGGUGACGGUGGCGAUCCCGCCGGGCCGCUCUAACGCGUUCCGCCAGCACCCGGGCUCGCACGUCUACGUCUCCAUCCCCGAGGCCGCGCGCCCGGACCUGACGUCGACGUCGAGCCUGAUCUACGAGUUCCUCUUCAACCCCUUCACCGUCGCCGACGUCGACGAGGCCACAGGCGACCUGACCCUCGUCGCCCGCCGGAGGACCGGCCCCAUGACGGCGGCGCUGGCUCGCUUCGCAAAGUCGUCGGGCUCGGCCGCGCAUGCAAACUACGACGAGACGCGCAUUCCGCUCUUCGUCGAGGGGCCCUACGGCGCGGCCAAGCACUUCCCCAACCUGGCCGGGCCGGGCUUCGACCGGGUCCUGCUCGUGGCGGGCGGCGUGGGCGCCACCUUUGCGGUGCCGUUGUACAGGGCCAUCCGGCACGACAACCCCUCUGCCAAGGUCGAGCUCGUGUGGGCGCUCCGGGGUGCCGGGGACGCCACGUGGGCUGACAAGGGCCCGGUCUCGAUACUGGCCGACGAGAACGUACACCUCUUCCUGACGGGUCCGCUGUUGGGCGACAGCGCAGCCAGCGGCUCGAGCCUGGCGGUGCCCGACGGCGACGGCGGCACGGAACUCAACGCGCUGUACCGGCGCGGCGGGCGGCUAACGGCGCAGCACAACCGGCGCAGGCCGGACCUGCGGCGGCUCGUCGACGACGUCUUCAGGCACGGGUCCGAGGAGCGCGUGGCGGUGCUCGUGUGCGGGCCCGAGGAGAUGGUGCGCGAGACGAGGCGGUGCGUCGGGCCCUGGGUCUCGCGCGGGCGGGAGGUGUGGUGGCACAAUGAGUCUUUUGGGUGGUGA